UCCGGAGAGAGCGCAUGGGGGAAUCGCAGCUGCUCCGGGACCAUGUCUCAACGUGACGGCACCCAAACUCGGCAUUCCGCAGAUCCAUGAAUCUGUAUGGCUUCAGCAAGCUCAACGGCGCUGUCGUCAAGCUCAGCUACGACUACCCCAGCAGUGUCUUGCAGCAAUCCGAGCUGGUGCAAGUCCCACCCGGGUUUGCACCAAACUUGUACCAGUCCGUUGUGGAGAUCGUGCCCCACCCGGUGCUGCCGAUUCUCUAUGCUAUCAACCGGGCAGGAGCAGUGUGGUCGACACAGCACGGCAUGCUGAAUCUGACGCUCGAUAACCUCCUGGGCCAGCCCUUUUUCUGGAACGAUGGGUCGAUGCUGUAUUACACCGAAGAGCCCUCUGACUCGACAAAGACGACGACGCUCCAUGGUGUCGAAUUUGAUGUCGGCCAGGGUGUUCCCACGAGCCGAGAGCGAUCCACGCCGCUCAUCUGUUCCGCUGCAAGUCCCAGUCUGGCGAGCGCACAUCUUUCGAUCAACCAACAAUUCCUAUUUGGCCUCUGCACCACCGGCACCCCGGUUGACUCUCAAAAGAGCUACUUUGUCUACACCAUGAGUCGUGACGGCAUCGGCCAGAAUUAUUGCGCGGCCCCGGCCCAGGACUGGAGCGAUCUUGUGUUUCCCAGCUCACAGACCCAGGGAUAUGAACUCCCCGAGAGUUACUACCCGUAGCGACGCUGUCGGCGGGUAGCGAAUCGCUACCUGCGGUGUAUUGGCAACAUGGUUCUGUGGGCAUCGCCUCCUUUUGGGCUUCCACUGCCAUUCGAUUUGCCCGCCUUCGAGAAGCCUGCAAACUACCCGCGAUGCCCGAGGAGCUUCUGCCGCGGCGGGAGCAUCGGGUCGCUGUUGCCAAGGCUGGGCUCAGGCUGCCCAAUAUACCGGUCCGAGUGACUGCUUCCACGCAGUCUCUCUGUAGCAGAGCCAUCGAGCGGGCUUGUGCUUGUUUUGGCGCCCGCGAGAAGCAGCGGUGCAAAUGGGCGGGCUGCUUUUUUGGCGGAGGAGCCAGUAGCCAUGAGAGCGGCAAACCCAACAUGCCAUGACCCC